AUGUCGUGGCUGUAUUUGUCCGGUGCCAGGCAGGGACAGGUGGCUGGGCAAGGCGACAGGCACUAGGGGUCCUGUCGUGGGAAAAUCCUGGCACCGGAGGUUGAGGAGCUCUCACCACCUCGGUGGGCAGCCAUGGGCUGCUGGAGGGGCCCUAGCACCGUACUGGCUUGCCUGCUUCUCCUGCGCCCGCUGCCCUCGCUGGCCUGCCCCGCUGCCUGCCGCUGCUCUGCAGGGGAGGUAGACUGCAGCAAGCACGCCCUCCGCGAGGUGCCGCAGAGCCUGUCAGCCAACACCAGCACCCUGUGGCUCGGCUACAACUUCAUCACCGUGCUGGGACCGCGAUCCUUCCCUCCCCUUCCGGGGCUGCUGCUGCUCAGCUUGCCCCACAACCACCUGGAGCUGAUCCACAGCCAGGCGCUGGUGGGACUGGGGGCUCUGCAGGAGCUGGACCUCAGCAACAACUACCUAACUCUGCUGACCCCUGAAACCUUCCUGCCCCUCACCAGCCUGGCCACGCUUAACCUGGGCAGCAACAGGCUCGGAGAGCUGGAGCCCGGGGUGCUUCGUGCCCUGCCCCAGCUCCAAACCCUCCUCCUGCAGGACAACCCCUGGGUGUGCAGCUGCGGCAUCCUUCCCCUCUGGCGCUGGCUCAGCCACAACAGGGAAAAAGUACGAGAGAAGAAUUUGCUACUGUGCAGAGUCCCAGAGCAGCUGAGCAAGUAUCCAAUCAUGGCCUUUGGGAAUGAGUCCUUCAGGCAAUGCCACAAGACCUCACUGUCCGCCCAGCACUACAUCGCCUUCUUGAUCAUUGGCCCCUUCUCCUUCGUGGCGAGCAUCUUCUUCUGCACCGUCAUGGGUUCCAUCAUAAUUGUUUACCACAACCUGCGCAGGGAAUCCCACUUCUGGAGGAGACCCCGCACCUGUAGGGGCCGCUGGGGCAGGGUGACCAGGCUUUAG